AACCCAGACGUCUGACAUACAGCAACGCCGCGACCAGACCUUCACACUCAAGAACAACACUACAACACCGCCAAAAUGUCGCGCCCAGAAGACAUCCUCCCCCCAGACCUCUUCUACAACGACUCCGAGUCCCGCAAAUACACCACCUCCUCACGCAUCCGCUCCAUCCAAGCAAGCAUGACCCACCGCGCUCUGUCCCUGCUCUCGCUCACCGCGCCCUCGCUAAUCCUCGACGUGGGCUGCGGCUCGGGGCUAAGCGGGGAGAUCCUGUCAAACGAUGCGCCGGACACGCCGGGGGGGCCGCACAUCUGGGUGGGCAUGGACAUCAGCGCGUCGAUGCUGGGGGUAGCGCUUGAGCGCGAGCUGGAAGGGGAUUUGAUGCUUGCGGACGCGGGACAGGGCGUGCCGUUCCGGCCCGGUACGUUUGAUGCCGCGAUCAGCAUUUCCGCCGUGCAGUGGUUGUGCAAUGCGGAGACGAGCGAGGAGACGGCUGCGGGGCGGCUGUCGCGUUUCUUUAAUCAACUGUAUGCGUCGUUGCGGCGUGGGGGGCGCGCUGUGUGCCAGUUCUACCCGAAAAACGAUCAGCAGAAGAAGAUGGUGUCGCAGGCGGCGGUCAAGGCGGGGUUCGGAGCGGGACUGCUGGAGGAUGACCCCGGGACGAAGAAUGCGAAGACGUAUCUCGUGCUUACUGUUGGUGGAGGGGAGUUGGAUGGGGAUAUCACGGGUGUGGUGCGUGGGAUGGAUGGGGUUGAUGUUAUGGACGCGCGUCGCAAGAUGAAGGGGAUGAAGCGUGGGGAGGAGAAGAAGGGGAGCAAGGCGUGGAUCCUGAAGAAGAAGACGCAGAUGGAAGGACAGGGUAAAGUCGUCAAGGCCACGUCCAAGUACACGGGCAGGAAGAGGAGGAUUCAGUUCUAGAUAUACCCACCCACCAUCACAACGGUCAUGCAUAGCGAGGCGUUAUGGGUUUUUAGUAUCGACACGACGAGGAGAGGGAGUAACAAUGUCAAUUCAAUCAUGCACCAUGCUAUAUACCAACUAGACGUACAGCGCUAUUCACACUCCGGCCGACCCAGUUGUACAAUCCAAAGCAUUCAAUCGUCAAGGAAAAGAUCGUCCAGACAUGGACGACCCCAGUUGAGC